AUGUCGAGGACACGCAUCCAGCCUAAGCGUGGGAAUGGGCCCCCUCAAGCACAAGUCUCUAAGGCUGUAGGCCGCAAGCGAGCCGCCGAACCUGCAGUAGCGGUCACACAGCCCGCUAAGAAGGUCAAAACGCAAAAGGCCAGCUCGCAGGCCAACGAGGACCACGCGCCCACGGCCGAGGAGCUGAUGGCGGCGGCUGCGGCUGCGAUCACGGAGUUCGACCAAGUGAUCGCGCUGACCACUACGACGAUCGAGAAGAACAAUGCGCUUCUUGUCUCAUUGUCCGCUAGGAUCCAGCAGGCGGAUGACGAGAAGAAGCUGAACUCCGAGAGCUCGCCUGAGGCUCUCGAACAGGCUUCGCGCAUCCCCUCGCAUACAUCAGCGACAGCGUCAACGUCUAGCCCGUCCUCUUCCUCUCCUUGGGCUGCAACUACUUUGGCGAGUCUUCAAACGCUCAAGCGCAAGCCUAACCGCGAGUACCGGGAGAUCUUGGAGACGUUCCUCGACGGCAGAAGGACGAAGGGCACGUAUAUUCGUUUCAUACAUUCCAAGUCGUCCUUGCGCCGUGUCGCCUUCGUUGCCGAUCAGCGAGCUGAGGACGUGCCUGAUAUCAGCCUCCCCCUCCCUGCGGAGGAGAUCGGCAAGAGACAAAGGUUCCAUGGGCACGACUCGUGCUACCGCUUGCUCAACGUCACGAAGCUCCCAGACGGCUCUAUCGUGUGCGAUCCGCAUCUCGUGAAGAUGGUCGUGUCCACCGAAGGUGGACGUGAACGGUUCUUGUACGGCAUCGAGAAGCUGGAACCGGACAACCAACGCCGGUGGGAGGAUCUGAUAAGAUGGUUGACUCUACUGCCGUAUGAUAACUCCCCACCUGUAGAAUUGUCAGUCCCUGCGCGAAAAUAG